AUGGCCAAACAUACACACCCAUUCCACAUAGUUGACCAAAGUCCAUGACCCCUUACUGGAGCUUUAAGAGCUCUUACCUUAACAACAGGGCUAAUUAAAUGAUUUCAUAAAAUAAAUCCCAACCUACUAAUUUUAGCGUUACUCAUAACUCUAAUAACAAUAAUCUAAUGAUGACGAGAUAUUAUCCGAGAAUCCACCUUCCAAGGAAAUCAAACCUCAGUAGUAAUUUUAGGACUGCGUUGAGGAACAAUUCUAUUCAUCAUCUUGGAAAUUCUAUUCUUCGUCUCAUUUUUCUGAGCAUUUUUUCAUAGAAGACUAUCACCAAGAAUUGAAUUAGGAUCCUCUUGACCUGCCUCAGGAAUCUCACCCUUCAAUCUUUUUCCAAUUCCUCUCCUUAAUACUGCAAUCUUACUAUCAUCAGGCGUUACCAUCAUUUGAGCUCACCACAGAAUUAUAGAAAAUAAUCACCCUCGAUCCCUACAAGUCCUCCUCCUCACUAUCAUUCUAGGCCUUUACUUUACUAGCCUACAAGCCUGAGAAUAUUGAGAAGCCCCAUUUUCUAUUGCAGACUCAGCCUACGGCACAACCUUCGUAGCCACAGGAUUUCACGGACUUCAUGUAAUCAUCAGCACAUCUAUUCUCUUUAUCUGCUUUCUUCGUCUUAUAUUUUUUCAUUUCUCUCCUAAACAUCACUCCGGAUUCGAAGCUGCCGCCUGAUACUGACAUUUCGUUGACGUAGUUUGACUCUUCCUCUUCAUCUCCAUCUACUGAUAAGGGUCUUAUCUUUUUAGCAUGAAAAGUACAUUUAGCUUCCAACUAAAAAGUUUAAAAAUCUUAAAAAAGAUAAUUAAAUCAAUUCUAACUUCAAUCAUCGUUUCCAUUACUCUAAGUUUUAUCCUCAGUUUCUUAUCCCUAACCCUGUCAAAAAAAAUCCACUUUAGA